AUGGCGAGGACUAGUCGCCGGCGACGGGCUGCCAAAUUGAUGGCCAAACCAUCGGUCAAGGCGGAAUCCUCCCUCGACGAGCUGUCCUCCCUCGACGAGCUGAAAGGCAAUCCAGACGAUAGGAUCAGCAGCUUGCCAAAUGACAUCCUGGUCAACAUUCUCGACCGACUCGAUGUUUGCGCCGCUGCGAGAACCAGUGUCCUCUCGAGACGGUGGAGUCAGCUUCCUGGCAUGGUCCCGCGGCUUACAAUCAGUGCUCGUGACCUCCUGCCCUCAGAAACUAAAACCAGCAUUUCCAAUGCUGAAUUGGUUCGGAAAACCACUGCAGCUGUGGCCAAAGAUUUGGCUAAUGCAACAGUGUCCAAAGCUGAAUUGGUUCAGAGGACCAAUGCAGCUGUGGCCAAAGCCUUGGCCGAUGCAGCCAAAGCUGUGGCCAAUAGAGCUGUGGCCAAAGCGACAAAGAGCAUACUGGCACGCAGGGAUCCGGGUGGAUGGCCCAUUCGCCUCUUGAGCAUGACGUUCUACUUGAGAGACGAUGCACCCAUAUCAGUUGGGCAUGCUGUUGGCAGUGCCAUGGUAACAUUCAAGGUUGAGAAGGCCGAAUUCACAGUUCUGACAGAGAAGGAACGCCUAGAGUGCACAAUUGAUGAUUUGAUGAAAUACGGGGCACGGUUUGUUUCAUUUUUUAAUGAGUGUACGAAUACAUUUGCUGGUCUCACGCGCCUCUACCUGGAGAAUUUAAGAUUCGCUGAAUCGGACUUCGUCUGCAACAUCCUUGUCACUUGCAAGAGAUUAAAACAUUUAGGUUUUCUCAAUUGCGACACAGAGAGUUGGAUAACGCUCCAAAUUGAACACGCAGAACUCAGUGAGCUCAGUAUUGUCAAUUGUCGUUUUGACAUGGUCAAAGUCGACUGGGUUCCGAAGCUAACCCGUAUGGUGUUUGAGUUUUGGAUGUCUUUCAAAGAACCGCCACUGUCAUUUGGCUAUGUCCCAUUGCUUGAUGUUCUGAGUGUUUCAAAUGUUGGUCUUAGUUGGCAUGAAAUGGUCAAGUUAAGUACAUUUCUUCAUGAGACCUCUGUUCGAGACCUGAGGUUGGGGUUUAAAUGCGAAAAGAUUUGGGUUCAACCAGAGUGUCUGACCAAAAGGCUGGCAUCUGUGUUCCACCAACUAAGGAUUGUCAAUCUAGUUGACAUUCCUGAAGGGUAUGAUCUCACCUGGACAAUGUUCAUUUUGGAAGCGGUGCCGUCCCUAGAGGAGUUCUACAUGACGGUAAUGGACCAUCCUUGUGAAAUGCAAAUGGAUCAGGAGAAGAGGAGGGCCAAGUUGUAUAGCGAGGACAAAGGUGUUGAGUGGGAAUCACCUGCAUCGAAUUUCAGGCACCACCGUCUGAGCAAACUCAUCAUCUUCUGUUUUCAGUCUGAUGAACACAUGGUGAGUCAUGUCAGGCGUGUCAUGAAAGCAGCGGUGAAUCUAGGGGAUGUGUACCUGUAUGAUAGACUGACAUGUCCAAAGUGCCGACACGUGAAACCUCUAAAGCGGACAAGGUUCCCGGAGACGAGCAAGCAGAGGUGUUGGGUGGAGAAGCAAGUCAGGGGGGGCAUCGAAUCACUUGCCACAAUCCACUUCCUGAGGAAUACUAAAAUAAGGGAUGAACAUGUUUCAAGGAUAGUGUAG